AUGUACGCCUACGGUGCAACUCUCUUUCCCAUGCCCAGCUCUGCGCCAAUGUAUGCUGGUUUCAGACUGGAAGUCCUCACUCGAGUUCUCACUUCUUCGCAUUCAAGCAAUUCCACAACGCAAAGUGGCAAUGUGUCCAGCGUGGUCAAUAUGGCCCAUCAAUCGAGGUAUGCUAAUGCCAAAAGCAUAUCACCUCCCCCGUUGAAACGACGAAAACGUGACGAAGAUCCGCCCUUGAGGGGCCAAACUACAAGUACAAAUUUACCGUUCACAGAUGCCAAUUCGGCAAACACUGGGAGUUUACGUAUUUUUUCCUGGAAUGUAAAUGGCAUUACACCUUUCGUACAGUCCUACGUCCAGACAAGUAUUGAAAACUUCUUCAAGCCUUCCGCAAAAAGUUCAUCACCAACGACAGGGCAGAAACGGAGAAGGACAGGCAGCGGUGAUGAGACUGAUGAUAGCGAAGAGGAACAGGUCACACAUCUGGCAGGGAAACCUGGCGCGGAAGACCUAUCGAAAGAAGGGAAAGCAUCUCUGCGGUUGGCUUUGAAGCGGUUUGGGUGGCCACAAAUACUCUUUCUUCAGGAGAUCAAAAUCAAACUGGGGGAUGAAAAGACAAUAGGAGCAGUCCGUCAGGCCAUCAAUGACGGGAACGUCUCCCCGGCAGAAAGCGGUCGUGCAAACGAUACUAAAGUCAGCAACUCAAUCCGCUCUGACACUGAAGGAGAAGGCAGUCUUACAUACCUUGCAGAUGGAGGACCGGAAUACGAAGUCCGCUUCAAUCUACCUGCAGAUCCAUACAACGCCAAAGGGUUCGGCGGCAAAGUUUAUGGAGUUGCCGCAAUCAUCCGCAAAGAUUUCAUGGCCCACCAUGUGCAACAAAUCAGGAACGUGUCAUGGGAUCGGGAAGGACGUGUGCAAAUCAUUGAGACACGGAGCAUAUCGUUCCCUCUGAACCUUGACAAACCCCAGCAGCAGGUUAUGAACGCCGAUAAUCCAAAUGGUACAUCUCAAGAAAGUUUCAUGUUCGCAAUCAUCAACAUCUACGCCGUUAAUGGUACUUCAAACCCCUAUCGAUCUACUCAUACCGGUGCCGAAGUUGGCACUCGUCAUGACCGUAAACUUGCAGUCCAUACCGAGUUACUCCGCGAAGCCAUUUCGCUAGAGUCGCAGGGGUUCCAGGUCAUCAUAGCUGGUGACCUCAAUGUAGCUAUCUCGGAACUGGACGGCUAUCCCAAUCUCAGAACCAAGCCAUACCAGCAUGUACUCAAUCGCAACGAUUUCAAGAAUAAGUUCUUCACGGCCAACUCAAUCGAUACAACCUCACCAAAGGCCGCAUACUUUAAGGGGACCCAGUCAGACACGAAUGAUAUCCUCCGGGGCUUCGAUGGGCUUGAUACGUUUAGACACGUGCACGGGGACGAACAAAGAUAUAGCUAUCAUCCGCGGGGAGUACUGUGGGGCUCCAGCUGUGACCGAGUGGAUUUGGUCGUAGGAUCACGGUCGCUAUCCAGAAAUAUCAUCGAUGCUGGGAUAUGCGACAGUCCGAGAGACAGAGGACCCAGUGAUCAUUGCCCCAUUUGGGUGGAAGUCGGACCUGGAAAGACGUAA